CCGCCCCCCGCUGGACGUGCAUAAAGGCCGUGCGGCAUGGCGUUUUCCCCCCCAGCAUCUCAACAAACUCGUCUCUCACAUCUAGCAAAAUGGCCCCCGUUCACGCCACCGCCCACUUCACCGGCACGCUCCAGCAGCCCGAGCCUCUCAAGACCUCGCAGCCGUUCAACGACGAGAUCAAGGUCGUCCUCCUCCACGCCGAGCGCCAGUUCAAGGGCGACGUCGAGGGCUUCGCCGUCGCGGAGUACGUUAGCACCCACCACGCCGACAACCCAUUCGACUCGACCUUUGCCGGCCAGACCAUCUUUGACGGCGCCGUCUUCGGCAAGAAGGGCUCGUUUGCCGCCCAGGCCACGGGCCGCACCGUCGAGGGCACGAUCCACGUCGAGUGGAAGAUCAUCCCCGAGACGGCGACCGGCGAGCUGCGCGGCAUCCGCGGCCACGGCGGAUACUCGUGGAACUACGCCGCCCACGUCUACCCCGACGGCCUGGCCAACACGUCCGACCUUGACGCGCUCGCCAACGCCGCCAAGCCCCACGUCGUUGAGACCAAGUGGGUGUUUGAGGGCCUCGACUUCUGAGCGAGCGAGCGAGCACGCCGCCGACUCGACUGAUAGAUCAUGUCAUGUAUGAUGGGUAGCAGCAGUACA